UCCAACUUGGCCUGAACGCCCCACCACCGUCGCUCGUGUUGCGUCAUCAGCGUGUGCCUGUUUACAGUGAGCAUGGCGCACUGUUUCAGUGGUGGUCAGGACUUUGUGGACCGGUGUUCUUGCUAACUCUGGGAGGAUGAGCAUGGAUGUGACUUUCCUCGGGACCGGCUCGGCCUACCCGUCUCCUCACCGCGGUGCCUCGGCUCUGGUGCUGCGGACAGAAGGCGAGUGUUGGCUGUUUGACUGCGGGGAAGGAACCCAGACCCAACUGAUGAAGAGCCAACUCAGAGCCGGUCGAAUCACCAAGGUUUUCAUCUCUCACUUGCAUGGAGAUCACCUGUUUGGUCUGCCUGGUCUGCUUUGCACCGUGAGCAUGAACGCCAACCCCGACCCUCAGCAGAGCCUGAACCAGGUGGACAUCUACGGACCCCGAGGCCUCCGGCACUUUCUCAGGGUGACGCUUGGCCUCACGGGCUCACAGCUGCUCUUCCCUUAUGCAGUACACGAGCUGGAGCCCACAGCUGACCAGAGUCCAGAGGAGGGACAGCUCAGCCUGGAGAUGACGGCGGAGCACGGCCCUCUGCACCCACAGGAGCAGCCGGGCAGGACGAUCUCCCUGGACGCCUCCAGCGAGUCUUACCUCCUCUUUGAAGACAAGAAGUUCGUGGUCAAAGCCUUCAGGCUGUUUCACCGCAUCCCCUCCUUUGGGUUUUGCAUUCAAGAGCGUGAUCUACCCGGAAGACUGAAGACUGAACUCCUCAAGGAAAUAGGCCUGAAACCAGGGCCGCUUUAUGGCCGGCUGAAAUCUGGACAGCCUGUAACUCUGGAGAGCGGGCGUGUGGUUCUGCCCAGUGAGGUGCUGGAAGAAGCCAUUCCUGGGAGGAAAGUCUGCAUUUUUGGGGACUGUAGCUCAGUUCUUGGGGAAGGACCGCUGAGGCUGUGCGGCGGAGCGGACGUUCUGAUUCACGAGGCCACCCUUGGGAACGAGCACCAAGAGAAAGCGCUGGACCACGGACACAGCACACCUGACAUGGCGGCGGCGGUGGCUCGGGCCUGCUGCGCUCGGAGGCUGGUGCUGUACCACUUCAGUCAGAGGUACAAACCCUGCUCCCUGCAGAAGGACGGGGACCAGGAUGACGUCUCAGAGCUCAAGAGACAGGCAGAAGAUGCUCUGCAGGACAGUGGUGUAGAAGUGACUCUAGCUGAGGAUUUUCUGACUCUGCCCAUUCCUCUCAGAAGAUGAAGGUAAUGAACCACUGGUCCAGCUUUUAUAUUGCCUGUAGUAGAUCUAACUGAAUCUGUCGGCGCCCUUAUAUGGUGUAAAUUGAAGUUACUUUAAAAAAAAAAAAAAGGUAGUUAACUUCUCAGCCAUUACAAACAU